UUCAACCCGGAAGAGAGAGAUGGCGUCUCCCUCUGAAUAGAGCUGGGAAAAAAACAUCACAGGUUUACGUUAGUUUGUUCAAAACAGUCUGCAAAUGAGGCGAUAAGAUGGUACGCUCGGUGUUUUGGUGUGUAUUGAUUGUUAAUCACUUAUAAACUGCCUUUGAAGAGGAUCAUGUUGGACCUGAGUAAAGUGGUGGGAGAGUCCUACCGGGACAAUCUGAUUGGGACUUUACUCGCUCUCUUUGGAAAUCUACUUGUCAGCAUCUCGUUAUGUAUUCAGAAAUACAGCCAUGUGUCAUUAGCGGGAACAAAGGACCAGCGUGCCUUCUUCUUCACUAAAACCUGGUGGUUUGGUUUUCUGUUCACCUGCAUUGGGGAGGGAGCAAACUUCGUCUCCUAUGCCUUUGCCCCGCUGGCUGUUGUUGCUCCUCUCAAUGCAGUGUCAGUCUUAGCCAGCUCAAUUUUGGGCUUUAUCUUCAUCCGUGAGAAAUCAAAAGCGAGGGACUUUGCCAAGGAAAAUGUGCUGACCUUCCUGGGCUACGUCCUGACGACAGGAGGAACGUACCUCCUUGUAGCGUUUGGACCAAACUCUCAUGAGGAACUCAUCGCAGAGAAUGUUGUGACACAUCUUGUCAGCUGGCCCGUUCUCUUGUAUCUGAGCCUGGAGAUCGUGACGUUCUGCCUGCUUCUAUACUUCUACAAACGGCGCAACGCCGACUACCUCCUCGUCAUCCUGCUGCUGGUCGCUUUGCUGGGCUCGCUCACAGUCAUUACAGUGAAAGCAGUGUCCAGCAUGCUGGUGCUCACCAUCAAGGGCAACAUGCAGCUGGACUACCCCAUCUUCAGCGUCAUGUUCGUGUGCAUGGUGGCGUCGGUGGUCUAUCAGGCCAGGUUCCUCUCCCAGGCCUGUAAGCUGCACGACUCUUCUAUGAUUGCCAGUUUGAACUACAUCCUCUCCACCUUCUUUGCUGUGGUAGCUGGAGCCGUGUUUUACAUGGAGUUUAAAAAUGACAACGCCCUUCACAUCUGCAUGUUUUUACUGGGAACUGCUAUCUGCUUCCUCGGGGUCUUUUGCAUCACCAAAAACAAGAGAAAGCCCAAGAACUUUGAGCCAUAUGUUACCAUGAACAUGGCCAAUGGUGUCCCGACCAUCCACGACAAGGGCCGGGCCGCCCAGCAGGACUUCAAUGGUUCCUUCUCCUACGGCGCUCUGGUCAACGACACGGCGGCUCCUGCUUCUCUGCAGUCGGAGCAGCAGCCAGGUGACUUCAGCUCCACCGAGUCGUCUCGUCAGAAGGCUGAUUCAAAGGACGAUUAAAGAUAAAAACCAAAUCUUCUUUUCUACUCCAUGAACUGCCGUGGGGCCCACAGUGAGGGCUUUUUAAGGUGGGCUUCCGUCGCCUCACAGGCCGAUGCGUGUGCUUUCUUUUUUAAAGUCUCAAGACCAAAACGUGACCUUUUGAAAGGUUUCCUUGUUUCGAUUCAUUCCAGAAAAAAAAAGCAAGAAAUCUGAAGCUAUGGACGGCUUUAGAAAUGUGACAGGAGAGACAGUGUUGUGCCUCAAAGAUUUCUGCCUUAGACUUCAUGUCCUCUCUGAUACACCGAGUGAGCACUGACUUCCACCAAUAACCUGCAAUAUCUUUGCAAAAGCAAUUAACUUCCCACUCGUUUCGGGGAAUCAGUAUUGAUCUGUUCUUCCAUGGAGAAUUUCUAAUGUUUCUCCAAUCAGGUCUGUGAUCAACCAAUAAUACGAGGUAGUGUUUUUUUUUUUUAAAGAACACACGCCAAUGAAGCUUUUAUUUUCUUGAAUCUGCCUCUAGCCUCAUCUCACAUCACCAAUUUUCACUUUUCUCUGCCUCAUGUGUCAUUGAAGUACCGCUUUUCUUCGAGACCAAACACUUGGGUGCAAUGAUUUUAAUUUAUUGUAAACGUAUUUAUUAAGUUCCUCUUGUAAUCUGCUUUCAUUGUGCCUUGAAACGUAGGUUUACAAAGGAGGCGUUACUGUACAGAUAGUCAUGUCGGAAGUAUGUUAUGUGCUGGAAUCUGUUUGAUCGUUGAUUUAAAGACGUUUGUAAUCUCUGUCAUAAUCAUAGGUGUCAUUUAACAUGAAUAAGGGACUAAACUCAAUUGGAUGGGAAAAUACAAACUGAGCACACGAAGAGCCUUUAAGACGACUGUACAUUCUGAAUUGUUGAUUUCAAUUAUUGUGCUUUUGCUUGUCCAGGAGGCAAACAAAAGUAGGUUUUUAAUAUUUCAAAAAUAAUUUUCAAGGUUGAUUAUAAAGCUGCGGUCGGCGCUCAGUGCGUCUCUUCAGUGUUACUCGAACAGGGAGCUGGAGCUCGUCGCCUCUGCACAGGUUUCUGUACGUCUCUGUUUUGACGUUUCCCGUGUUUCCUUGAAUGUGCUGUCUGCAAACUUCACAGUAGUGUUUUUGUGUCAAGUAACUUCACUUAUUUUUCAGUUUUUUUGCUGUCUAAUGAAGGUACAAAAACUUUCUGUAGUAAAUAGUAAACAUACUGUUGUCAUAAAGUGAAUGUAAUCUGUUUUGAGUGUGUUGAAUUUGCCUCAUUAAUAAUAAUAAUGAAAAAAUCAUUAAAAACUGUACUAGAAACAUUACAUGGAAAGUGAA